UUUAGCAUCACCAUCACCAUCACCGUACAAGUUGCAGAAAAAUUCAACCUAUCCACACUCCUUAUUAUUCCUUCCUUAACCAAUAAUCAGCUUCAGCACCCAAUACUUAACACUUGGUCUCCCAUUUAACUCAAACUCUACUUAUUCUUCAUCACUUCAACACUUCCAACAGUAAAAACCACUCUCUCUCUCUUUCUCACUUUGUCCACGUGAAGUGAAAGAAGAAGAAACUCAUAAACCAUGGCAAACACAAAUAACUUCUUAACCCAACUUCACAAUUGCACCCGCAAAAAACCUAACACCCUAUUCACCAACCUCUACCUUCUCACCUUUGCUACCUUUCUUUGUACCCUUUUCUACUUCCUCGGCCUCUGGCGCCACUACCCCACCACCACCGCCGCUGCCAUCGCCGCUGUCGCAGAAUCCUCCUCCCUAUGCUUCCACCCCAACACCACCGCCACAACCCAAUCAUCCACCAAUCUCGACUUCGCCGCCCACCACCUCCUCCCGGACCUGCCUCCCACGGUGGCGCGUGGGCCCUACCUCCCUCCUUGCGCGUCCCCCUUCUCCGAGCACACCCCCUGCGAGGACCAACAACGAUCCCUUUCAUUCCCGAGACACAGACUCGCGUACCGGGAGCGGCACUGUCCAGCACCGGAGGAGCGUCUCCGGUGCCGGAUUCCAGCGCCGUACGGAUACCGGCAGCCGCUGCGGUGGCCGGCGAGCCGCGACGCCGCGUGGUACGCGAACGCGCCGCACAAGGAAUUAACCGUAGAGAAAAAAGGCCAGAACUGGGUCCGGUUCGAUGGGAACCGGUUCAGGUUCCCCGGCGGCGGGACCAUGUUUCCACGUGGCGCCGACCAAUACAUCAACGACAUUGGGAAGCUUAUUAAUCUCAGAGAUGGGUCUGUCCGAACCGCCAUUGACACCGGUUGUGGGGUUGCAAGCUUUGGAGCUUAUCUUCUAUCCCGUGACAUUUUAACAAUGUCAUUUGCACCAAGAGAUACUCAUAUAUCCCAGGUUCAAUUUGCUCUUGAACGAGGUAUUCCUGCAUUGAUUGGAAUUCUUGCCACAAUCAGGCUUCCAUACCCUUCAAGGGCCUUUGACAUGGCUCAUUGCUCUCGUUGCCUCAUUCCUUGGGGCCAGUAUGAUGGAGUAUACUUGACUGAAAUUGAUCGAGUGCUACGUCCAGGGGGGUAUUGGAUUCUAUCAGGGCCACCAAUAAACUAUGAGAAACACUGGAGAGGUUGGGAAAGGACUCAUGAAAGUCUCAAAGAAGAACAGGAUGGUAUUGAGGAUGUAGCUAAGAGUCUAUGCUGGAAAAAGUUGGUGCAAAAGGACGACCUUGCAGUAUGGCAGAAGCCAACCAAUCAUGCACAUUGCAAACUCAAGCGAAAGAUCUUCAAGAGUGGUAGUAGACCCUUAUGUGGUGAGGCACAGGAUCCAGACACAGCAUGGUACACUAAGCUGGAUACAUGCUUGACCCCACUUCCUGAGGUAAAGAACAUCAAAGAAGUUAGUGGCGGUGGGGGAUUGGCUAACUGGCCUAAUAGACUAACUUCAAUUCCCCCAAGGAUUAGAAGUGAGAGUUUGGAAGGAAUAACGGCUGAGAUGUUCACAGAAAAUACCAAGUUAUGGAAAAAGAGAUUGGCAUACUACAAGAAACUGGAUCAUCAACUAGCGGAGCGUGGGAGAUACAGAAAUCUGCUUGAUAUGAAUGCUUACUUGGGAGGCUUUGCAGCUGCACUAGUUGAUGAUCCUGUGUGGGUCAUGAACAUUGUCCCUGUUGAGGCUGAAAUCAACACCCUUGGUGUUGUGUAUGAACGUGGAUUGAUUGGAACCUAUCAGAACUGGUGUGAAGCCAUGUCCACUUACCCGCGAACUUAUGACUUCAUACAUGGUGAUUCGGUUUUUAGCCUCUACCAGAACAGAUGUGAUAUGGUGGACAUUCUUCUCGAGAUGGACCGGAUUUUGCGGCCACAAGGCAGUGUCAUUUUGAGAGAUGAUGUGGAUGUGUUGACGAAGGUGAAGAUCAUUGCAGAUGAAAUGCAAUGGGAUGCCAGAAUUACAGACCAUGAAGAAGGGCCUUAUGAGAGACAGAAGAUUCUGGUAGCAGUAAAAGAGUACUGGACAUCCCCACCACCAGAGAGAAACCAACACAGCUAGCACUUAGUUUGAUAUGCUUCAGGAUUCUGUUUUUCUUUUAUUGUGAAUUUUCUCAUGAGUCAAUUCUUUCAAACUCUCAUUCUUGUUAGUGGUAAAAGUGAAAAAUUCUUUGUAAAAUUAUGGGCCCUGGAAUAUUUGAGGCAGCUUUUCAUCAAAUUUUAAUAUAGUGGGAAAGCAUGUAAAUUGAUUGGAACAGGAACUGGUAAUUAGUAAAAACCAAGUUGUCUCAAUAUGGGCCGUAUUGCCAUAACAUGCCUCUUAUCUCCUUAAAUAGAAUGGACAUCUGACAUUAUUUAAUGUUU